AUGGCGGCGUUCCGGGCCGCGCUCGGGGCUUCCUCGCUCGCGGCCGCCCGCGCCGGCUCGCUGCCCCUCGGCCUCCGCCGCCCGCCGCGCGCGCCCUGCUCCUCCUCGGCCGCCGCCCGCGGCGCCGCCAUGGAGCCCGAGGCCCGCUGGCUGGCCGGGCUGCGCUUCGACAACCGCGCCCUGCGCGCGCUGCCGGUGGAGACGCCGCCGCCCGGGCCCGAGGGCGCCGCGUCCGCGCCGCGGGCCGUGCCCGGCGCCUGCUUCAGCCGCGUGCGGCCCGCCCCGCUGCGGCAGCCGCGCGUCGUGGCGCUGUCGGAGCCGGCGCUGGCGCUGCUGGGCCUGGGCGCGCCGCCCGCCGAGGCGGAGGCCGAGGCCGCGCUCUUCUUCAGCGGCAACGCGCUGCUGCCGGGCUCCGAGCCGGCCGCGCACUGCUACUGCGGCCACCAGUUCGGCCAGUUCGCCGGGCAGCUGGGCGACGGCGCCGCCAUGUACCUGGGCGAGGUGUGCACCGCGGCCGGCGAGCGCUGGGAGCUGCAGCUCAAGGGCGCCGGCCCCACGCCCUUCUCCAGACAGGCGGACGGCCGCAAGGUCCUGCGGUCGAGCAUCCGCGAGUUCCUGUGCAGCGAAGCCAUGUUCCACCUGGGCAUCCCCACCACGCGGGCCGGGGCCUGCGUCACCUCCGCGUCCAGGGUGGUGCGGGACGUGUUCUACGACGGGAACCCCCGGCAGGAGCCCUGCGCCGUGGUGCUGCGCCUGGCCCCCACCUUCCUGAGGUUCGGGUCCUUUGAGAUUUUCAAGCCCACGGACGAGCACACGGGGCGAGCAGGCCCCAGCGUGGGGCGGAACGACAUCCGGGUGCAGAUGCUCGACUAUGUGAUCAGCUCCUUCUACCCCGAGUUGCAGGCUGCCCACGGGGACCGGGUGCCCAGGAAUGCAGCCUUCUUCCGGGAGGUGACCAGGCGCACAGCCAGGAUGGUAGCCGAAUGGCAGUGCGUCGGCUUCUGCCACGGCGUGCUCAACACAGACAACAUGAGCAUCGUGGGGCUCACCAUCGACUACGGGCCCUUUGGCUUCCUGGACAGGUACGACCCUGACCACGUGUGCAAUGCCUCGGACCACACCGGCCGCUACUCAUACAGCAAGCAGCCCGAGGUGUGCAAGUGGAACCUGCAGAAGCUGGCGGAAGCCUUGGCGCCUGAGCUGCCCCUGGAGCUGGGGGAGGCCAUUGUGGCCGAGGAGUUCGACGCGGAGUUCCAGCGGCACUACCUGCAGAAGAUGCGCAGGAAGCUGGGCCUCGUGCGAGUGGAGCAGGCGGAGGACGCAGCCCUGGUGGCCAGGCUCCUGGAGACCAUGCACCGGACUGGUGCUGACUUCACCAACACCUUCUGUGUGCUGAGCUCCUUCCCUGUGGAGCCGGAGUCGCCCAGCCUGGCUGAGUUCCUGGCCACGCUGACCUCGCAGUGCGCCUCCCUGGAGGAGCUGAGGCUCGCCUUCCGGCCCCACAUGGACCCUCGGCAGCUCUCCAUGAUGCUGAUGCUGGCACAGUCGAACCCACAGCUGUUCGCACUCAUCGGCUCCCAGGCCAACAUCACACGCGAGCUGGAGCGCGUGGAGCAGCGGUCGCGGCUGGAACAGCUGAGCCCGGCUGACCUGCAGAGCAGGAACAGCGGCCACUGGGCCGACUGGCUGCAGGAGUACAGAGCCCGGCUGGACAAGGACGCGGAGGGUGCGGCUGACGCUGCUGACUGGCAGGCCGAGCGCCUGCGCGUGAUGCGCGCCAACAACCCCAGAUACGUGCUGAGGAACUACAUCGCGCAGAACGCCAUCGAGGCCGCCGAGAAGGGGGACUUCGCGGAGGUGCGGCGGGUGCUGAAGCUGCUGGAGACCCCGUACGGAGGGGAGGAGCCGCAGCCAGCCCCUGAGGGUGCAGAGCCCGAGGCGGCAGGCGGGUGGCGCGCCUACGCCAGCAAGCCCCCUCUCUGGGCCGCCGAGCUGUGCGUCACGUGAUCCUCGUAGCGGCCCCGGCGACCCUGCGUGCCGCUGACCUGGCGAGACGGCGCCGGCCCGGCCCCCGUCUCUCCUUGACGGCAAAGACGUCCAGUCAGGAGCUGACCCGUCUCUGUCUGAUGCCUGCUCAGCGGCACUGCCCAGCCCAGCGCCGGGGGCCGCGGCCUCACUGCCACACCUGCCUGGCCUCGAGUAAACUGGCAGUGU